GGAUGAUGCAAACUAUGAUCCAAUUCCGGUCGGGUGCUCGUUCUUCGGACAGGUGUCGUCCGGCGUCUGUUGACCUGCUCGUUCCACUGCGGGCAGAGGCCAGAUGUGUCGCUGAGAAAUUCCGUGAUUCACACCUACUGGGUGCUUUUUUUAGCUUUUGAACGUCCUUUCUGGGAAAAGGUGCUACUUCUCGAUUGCCCGGCCAGCAACUCAAUCUUCGAACUCACAGAGGGCUCGCUCAUUUCCAAUGCCCCCCAUUCUCCACACCUGGCUAACAAAGCUGCGCAAAAAGGAAAAAACAUCCCACUCCAUAUACAAGUCCACCCCCGCUUCGCAGUCGAGCCCGGCGCUGGUUUCGCCGGGGAGGGAGCGGCGGCUGGAUAGCACGUCUUCGGGAUCGUUUAUCAAAGUAGACGCGUCGCGAGAUGAGAAUGUCGGACGGACACAGAAUGGGGGAAUUGGAGAUGCGGCCCUGAAGGUGGAUUAUAGGCGAAAGAGCAGUGUGGAUCUGAGACGGGUUCGCGAAGGGGACAUCGGCCGCAAUCAGACAGCGACAACAACAACCUUGAAACCACCUACGAGGCACAGCGUCCGCAUAUCCCGCAGCUGGGACGCCGGGGACCGACCGCCAAACACCGCGAGUUUAGCUCACCACCCAAACACGAUGAGCAAGAAACCGUCGUGGUCCAAACGAGUGUCAGGGGUGCUUGCUACGUUGGCAAAGCGGAGUGGUGGGAACGGGAAUGGGAAGAAAGGCAGUGGGCUGCACGGCACGUCGGCGGGACAUAAAGAAGCAAUCGUCGCGCCUCGCAGCUGCUUCUCGUGGGAUGGCGGUGAGGACCGGUCACUGGUUCAUGCGAAGGAUAGAGACAUGCUGUACUCGACACGCGGUAAAUCGGUGGAUAUGACGGGCAGUUUCUAUUACGAGGACGGCGAGCAAGUGCAAGAGAGUUAUGCGGUGGAUGAUGGAGAUGAUGGGGAUGGCGGGUUGGUGAUUAUCGACGGGGAGGAGACGACACAUUAUCCGUCACGAGCGAGAGCGGAGGCGGAUGAGGCGUAUACGCAUCUGCGCCGGGUGCCCUCGUUACCGUACCGACAUCAGUAUGCGCAGUCUCAGCAUGAUGUGUCGUGGCGUCGAACGGUGCAGCAUGCGCAGAGCCCUUAUGCUCUCGCGGCGCAGACGCAACACGAAGGCAGGACUUACAAUGCACGGCCGCUGAAGCAGCAGCAGCAUUACGCGACGCUUACGGGGGGCGGUUUUGGGCAGCCGGUCUACCCACAGCACCCACACCAUGUCGUUUUACUGAAUAGACAUUCGAUGGAUUCGGUCAUCUCGCACCCGAGCGUCGCGGCGUCCGCGGCCGAGCAUUACCAUCUCGCCCAGCUUGCACAACUUCGGAAAAGAGCGCAGAGUCAGCCUCAGGUGCCGAUGUACCAUACACCGCCGCCGCCCCAGCAGCAACAAAGACCUGUCCACCAGCAGCAGCAUCAAUCGACCCACCUCCCACCACCACCGAUCGUGAUCGUCGCCCCAGCCUCACCAACGAUCACAUCAAUUGCAGACACAACCCUCGAUCAAACACGCUCGCAGAUCGAAGCGCUGGACCUCUCCCUCGACCUCAGCUCCCUCAUGUCGGGCUCCGACGACGAUUUCAGCUACAGUGACCUUGCUAACGCAUUCACGGACGACGAGGACGAGAUUGACGAUAGUGCAACGGAAAACGCGCGGGAGAAUGCGAGGAAGAAUGCAAGAGAAACUGCAAGAGAUAUCGCGCUAAACAAAGAUAAAACCAAAGAGGAAGACGACGACGAUCUCAUCUCCGACGAAGGCAACACCUCCUCCUUCUCCGACGACCUGCACCACCUCUCCCAACCCUACGCCCGCCGCAGCUUCAACCACCCGCAUCACCCCCUCCAGCAGCAGGUGCAUCAUCCUAUUUACUCACAAAAAGCGUACGCGAUGUCCAUGCCGACGUUUGGAGCCGCGCCGUAUGGGACCCAGCCGUACCAUUACACGGUGAAUGGGCCGAUUGGCGCGGGGAGGUAUCGGGGUCAUGAUAUCUCGCAGCGGGAUAUGUUCCAACAGCAACAUAUGCAACACCAGAAUAUGGGGUAUGGAAACCGGGAUAUGACGUACGCGCGGUUGCCGUUGCCGCCGAUACAGGAGCAGAUUGAGGAGACCCCGCAGGGACGGAGACGGUCUUUACAAGCAGCGCCAUCUUCGUUGACAACAGUAGGACCGCGAUCGAACGUAUCAUCUGUAGUUGACUCGGAUCCAACGCCCACACCAUCGCAAAUCGAAGUUCAUGUGAGGGAGAUGGAGGAACAGAAAGUGGAAAAGACGGUAAUGGAGAUGAAAGGAGGGUUUGAGGGGUUUUAUAGGGAUGUUGUCGAGGGGAGGAUGGAGUUUGGCGAGGUGGUGGGCAAGUGGGGGUUUUGAAAAUGCCUGGGGACGCGUUGGGGCGUUUUUCGGACGCGAACAGCGCAGCGGUACAUACUCUGAGGGAUUGGCGCCGGGAUAGGACUCAAAGUCGAGUUACGAGUGUGUGUGUUUAUGAAGUGUAGUGGUUGCUAGGUUUCGAUGUACUUACUGGAAGGGAUGGCGGGUUUAAUGGCCUUUUUGGGCUUAUAGUUCGUAAUGUACAGUACGUAUAGCUAUAAGGAUUUGUUGUAUCUAGUAAUGAGAUGUGUUCUUAGUUCAA